AUGUAUCGAGUGCUUCUAUUGCUGGGUGCUGCACCUACCAGUUCGGAGGAGGCGCCAAGUACUGCAAGUACCGGGUGUACCAUCACAGCUAAACUUUGUCGCAAUUUUCCGGAGUAUCAGCAGAAGCAGUUUCGGGAUGACCUGGGAGAGUCGCAUGUUGGUGCUGGCAGCAAUGACGCGGCUUGCUUGAAGAGAGCAGAGGAUUUCCACCACUGGUGUGGCAAUGGUGCGGAUGAUGCACAGGUCGCGGCCACCUACAGCGCCGGCCAGCUCUCUCAGGUGUAUCAUCCUGGAGCUUGCCAUCCGGGGUGGUCGCAGUGGGAUGCAUUCUGUUAUAAACACUUCUGGGAGAAGAAGACUUGGUUUGAGGCUGAAGCCACCUGCAGACAGUUUGGUGAAGGCUCUCAUCUGGCCUCCAUCCACUCUCGAGCGGAGAACAGGUUCAUCUACACACUGACGAAUGGGCUCAGUACUUGGAUUGGCUACACUGACCUGGACCAAGACACUCAUUUCCAGUGGAGUGACAACACUCAGGAUGACUUCUCCAACUUUGCGAAGAACUGCACUGGCCGUGAGAACGAGCCGGACUGCAAGCCGGAAGAGCGGCAGCAGCAAUGGUACGACUGGGAGGGGCAUGACAGAGGCACCUUCGUGUGCAAACGGAAUGCCUUGCUUCCAAUGGCACUGCUGCGCAAUGUGUCUGCGAGGACGCUAGUUACACGAACCUGGGCUGAGCUGCUGCCGGCCUUGUCGGUGGGCGCUGGCCCAAGGAUAAGCCAGAAUAACACGCUGCCGACUGUCAAGGUGGAUGAAAUCACCAAGCCACCGCUCCAAGACACCGCUUCCAAGUCUGCUCCAGAGCCGCGCUUUGCACUGCCAAAGGGAUCCUGGUUCUGA